AUGAGCUCCUCUCUGUUUCCUCAAAACUCCCACAUUUCUAGGAGCGAAUAUGCAUCCUCACCACCAAGAAAAUAUUCCUCUCUGUACGGAGAGAGUACAAGCAAAAAAGGGGUACUAUCUGUUACGAUGUUAUCUAGCAAUGAAGAAGAUAAAUCGGAACUUACUCUCAACCAAUCAUCAUCUCUGGAAACUGAAUCAAAAAAAUCAGUCGGAACGGUAAGGAGCAGCUCACCUCGUUCUCCUCGUGUUUGCUCCAAUUUCAAAACAAAAAUCACACUCCGAAAGAAAAUACCAGACAAUCAAAAUCCUCCAAAACGAAAGGGGCACACUCUCACAGAAUGGAAAAACAAACUGUAUUUAUUUGGAGGCUAUCAAGGUUUCCAUUCUAAUGAUUUGUGGAUUCUAGACGCGAAUAAGUGGAAGAAGGUAGAAGUACAAGGAGUCUUACCGCAUAAACGGUCAAGUCAUUCAGCUGUAAUUUACAAAAAUCAUUUAGUAAUUUUCGGAGGUGAUAAAGGAAAUGAACUGUUGAAUGAUAUUUGGAUUUUGGAUUUAGCAAAGGAAGCUGAGGAUAUGAGGUGGAAAAAGAUUGUUUCAAAAAAUACACCUCCAAAACCAAGAUAUGCUCACAAUGCUGUCAUAAUGAACGAGAAAAUGAUUCUAUUUGGAGGAUAUGGCGGAGAAUAUUUGAAUGAUAUGUUUGAAUUUGAUUUUAAAACUUUAAUGUGGUCACAAAUUCAUACUUUCCUCUCCCCACCCGCAAGAUGUCACUUCAGUCUAGUUGCAUUUUCUGAGAAUAAUAACUUACCCAAUAUUUUAGUGAUGUAUGGAGGAUCCAACGGAGAGUCUUUAAAUGAUGUAUGGGUGUUUGAUGGCAAUUGGAUUUGCAUUCAAAAACCGAAAGACACAUCAUGGUUAAACAAUGAAACUCCAAGUCCAAGAUCAAAGCAUGCUGCCGUGAAGAUUAGCUCAAACACUAUGAUAGUUUAUGGGGAAUGGUGGGAUUAUUUAAGGACAACGUUCUUUGGACUCUCACUAUUCUAG